AUCUGUGCUCUUUGCAUUGACCGCGGCCUCGGGAUUCAAAAUACCUUUUCUUUAUUUUUUUAACCUCACGGCCAAGGAGUGUGGAGGACGAAUUUUUUUAUUUAACGAAAGGCAUUUCCUUUAUCACUCGUAUUUUAUUUUAUUUGCAUAAUAACACAGGCAGCAGCUCUGUCACACCGAGGGAGGGGAAACAAAAAGGACCGCGCGCACGUUAUAAAAAAUCAACACAAUGCAACGUAUUAAACCAGACACAUCGCGGUCGAUGAACGCGGUACCGUACCAGCCGUCGACAUCAUUGGUGAGCUUGCCGAUGCUGACACGCCGUCGACAACGAUGGCGACGUCUCUGGCGCUUCCGGGAAGCAACCCUUUUGGGUACCACAAGCGGCCGCGGGUCAACUCGAAGGCGGCGGCACUGGGAUCCUUGUUCCGAACGCGCGCGCAUACCAAGCGGAACAGCACCAGCGGCGACAGUUUCUCGCCGCCGCUGGCACCGUUGGACACGUCGGACGGCGGGUGGAACACAGGCAUCGAGUACCCGGUGGUGUCACCGCUUUUCUCCGAGGAGUGCCUGCAGGAGCUGCUAGGCUCGCCGCCGCAGAUAGUGCCAACGUCGCCCGGGAUGUCGCCGAUGGCGUCGCGGAGGUCCAAGCUGGAGUCGGUCUUGCACAACUCGACCGGACCGUUCCGGAGGCUGCGAUCGGGGCCGGCAGCCAAGACGCUGUCGUUUCCGCCGGCGGUCAGCGAGCCGACGGUGGUCAAGCCGCCGGCAGACGAGUUUGUGGUCGUGACGACGGACAUGUGCCCGCCGGCGGCGCUGGUCAGCAGCUCGGUCAUCAGCGGCGUGGCGUCUGAGGCGCCCGGUGCCAUUACGCGGCGCCACAACCCGCCGAACUCGGCCGGCCGGCCGCCCACGCCCAACGGAGCGGCGCGGGCGCGGGCACAGACGCACGUGUCAAAGUCCAGCGAGCACCUACUGACGAUGCGGCGCGGCGCCAGCUACACAGAGUCGUCCGAGUCGCUGGUGCGCAUCACGACGCCGACACUCUCGGCGUCGUCCUCCGAGGCGUCGCUGCCGCUGGCGCUGGCGCAGGCGCAGCGGCAGAGCGGCCUGCAGCUGCCGGUGAACUCGGCGCUCGGGCCCAGCCUCAAGCCGCCUGCGCCGGCGCUGGCAACUGCGGCGUCGGGCGCAUCGGCGCGCAAGGUAUCGGAGUGCUCGUUUUCGUCGCUUGAGGACCAGCGCCGCAACUCGAACGGGAUGCAGCUGGCUGGGCUGAGCCCGUACAUCGUCAGCAGCCUGAGCAAGACGGCGGCCAAGGCGUCGGAGCGGCGGCGGCGGUCAUCAGUGCAUCGGCCGCGGCGCGGCCGCACAAACUCGGUGACGUCGUCGGGCACGUGGGGGCUGUCGGCGGCGUCGGACGCCACGCUGAUGGCCGAGUCCGGGCAGCAGUCCGGGCACCAGCGCAACGCGUCGAACCACUCGCAGUACUCGGGCGAGUACGACGCGAACAGCGCGUCGCAGCAGUCGUUUGACUUCCAGAUCCGCAGUGCCGAGUCCGAGUCGUUCUGGCCCAACGACGGGUCGCCGCUGGCGUCGGAUCUGGACGAUGCCAGCGACGACGAGCUCGGCGCACUCAACGUCGCGUCCGGGUUUCCGUCCAGCUGCAGCGCGCACUUUGACUUUGACAGUAAGCCCGCGGCGGCGCCAUCGCUGAGGCAGCGCGCGAACACGGCGGCGCCGGCCAUGAUCACACGCAGCGCCGACGAGAUCCGGCUGGGGUCGCCCGAGAGCUCGCGCUUUGCGGUGCAAGAGCCGCGCGGCAUGCUGAGUAUGCUGGACCCCAGCAGCCCCGUGCACGGCGACGGCGGCAGCGCGCUGGUGCCGCUGCACAUGCUGGCGCACUCGCGGCGGCAGUCGGAGGCCGAGCCGAUGUCGCCGUACAUCUCGGACCAGAUUGACUUUGAGGGCUCGACGCUGACGCAGACGCAGAAUAGCGACUGGUUGCUGAUGAACCCGUCGAGCAGCGACGGAGAGCAGGCGAUGCAGCCGCACCGCCGCCGCAUGCGCAAGCGCCGCGUACUGCCGCGCACGCUGUUCAAGGCUGCCUCGCCGCAGCAGCAGCAGCAGCAGCUGGGCCAGCUGGACAGCGACGCGUACGACAGAAACUCAAAGUCCACUGAGACGCUGCUGCUGCUGGCGUGCGACGACGGCUGCGCCAAGGCGGCCGACGCCAAUGCCGCCGCAGCACCUGUUCUGCGGCCGGCGAUCCUGCCGCUCGACGCGCUGCGGCUGCGCGACCUGCGCAUCGUGCCGCGGCUGCCGGCCAGCAUUGCCCAGCAUAUUCACAUUGAAUGUGUCGGGCGGCUGGCGCUGCACUGCGACGGCCGCUCCACCGUGGGCUGGGCCAGCGCGCGCAUCCCGCAGUUCACGCUGCGGUUCCACGCGGCGCUAGCGCGCGCCACUGGGCUGCACACACUGGCGCUGGUCAACAUCGGCCUCUGUGCCAUCCCGACCGAGCUGCAGCGGUGCCGUGGGCUGCGGCGCCUGGACAUGUCGCACAACUGGAUUUCCGCGGUGCCUGGCUGGCUGGCGCGGCUACCGCAGCUUGAGCACAUUGUGGUGCGUGGCAACCCGCUGCGCACUGUCGCUGCCGAUCUCGUUGAGAUGCGCCAUCGGCUGCACACGCUCGACCUUGGCUGCGGCCAGACGUGGGCCGUGGUGCACCGGCCAAUGGCUGCGGUGGCAGCAAUGACCGCAGCCGAGCGCACCGAUGCGCUUCUGGCCCGGCUGCACGCCACAGCGGCGAAGCGCAUGGCCGCCUGCUUGGCUGCCGCGCAGCUGAGCCUGUCGCAGCGCCAGCUCGAUGCGUCGCGCGACAGGGCCAUGAGGCUGAUUGCCUUGUAUUCUGACUCCAUUUACUCUUCCUUGCGCGAGCCCCGCAACCUGGGCCAUUCCGUAGCGCUGCCACACCCGCCCCACAACUAAACCCACUCUUCAACCCCUUCCGUCUGCGAUCCUGCGUAUUUUUCCACUUUCCUUUAUUUGCGUUAAUACUCUAUAUAUCAUCUUUCCUCCUCUUUUUGCUUCGUC